AUGGAUAAUUCUCAGAACAUUAGUUACCAAGCUGGCCAGGCCAAGGGCCAAGCUCAGGAAAAGGGUAAUCAGAUGAUGGAACAGGCUAGCAAUGCUGCGCAGUCUGCCAAGGAAACAAUGCACGAGGCUGGACAGCAAAUAAAGGUUACGGCACAAGGAGCGGCAGAUGCAGUUAAUGUUGGGUUUAAUAGAUAG